GCACGCCCAAACUCUCUCUCUCUCUCUCUCUCAAAGUCUACAUAGAUCGUCUCGCCCUCUCUCCUCUUGUUUCCUGCUCCCGUGCAAACCUCUUUAGAGCCGGACUGCCUGAAGAAACAGUUGGUGAUCGAGCAGGAAUCCUACCUCAGAGAGGAGUCAUGGGCGGUGGAGUGCCGGAGGAGAACUGUCGCUGGCCGCCGUGGCUGCGGCCGCUUUUGUCGACGAGGUUCUUCGUUCAAUGCGCGGUCCACGCCGACUCGCACAAGAGCGAGUGCAACAUGUACUGCCUCGACUGCACCAACGGCGCCCUCUGCUCCCUCUGCCUCGCCGACCAUCACCGCGACCAUCGCACCAUCCAGAUACGGCGGUCGUCCUACCACGACGUGAUCCGAGUGUCGGAGGUCCAGAAGAUGCUGGACAUAACCGGCGUGCAGACGUACAUCAUCAACAGCGCUCGCGUGGUAUUCCUGAACGAGCGCCCUCAGCCGCGGCCCGGCAAGGGAGUCACAAACAACUGCGAGGUCUGCGAGCGUAGCCUCCUCGACUCCUUUCGCUUCUGCUCCCUCGGCUGCAAGAUAGCCGGCACCGCCAACGAUGGCAGCAACAAGAAAUCGGGCGAGAAGAAAGCAAUGGCCACAGCGGCAUCGUCGGAUUCGGACGAGUCGUGCACUAGCCGCGGGAGCGAGAAUAGCAACAUGACCAACAGUUUCGCCCCCUCCACUCCGCAGUAUCACCGGAGCGCCAAGAGGAGGAAGGGCAUUCCCCACAGGGCCCCCUUUGGUAGCCUCAUCUUGGAGCUUUAGGCCAGGCAUCUCUUCUAUUACUACCCCAGUCAUUACUAAUCUAUUCUCCUUAUAUCUUGGAAUCACCUCAGUCAUCAUGCAUGAUACGUACGCUUCUAUACAAAUACAUCCAUACAUAUAAAGACCAGCAUAUGGAGAAUGAAGGUUAAACUAGAUAUGCAUCUACAGGUACAGUGGUGAAGUUAUUGUAGGUUGUGAUGGUUAGAGAAAGAGAGAGAGAGAGAGAGAGAGAGAGAGAGAGAGAGAGAGGGUUCUGUGAUGAUAUAUAGGUCGGUUUGGUAAUUGUAAAAAGGAAAUGCUACUGAUAAGUGUUGUCUAUAAAAGAUAGCAGUGUGCAAGUAAUAAAAUGCUUCUGUUCUGCUUG